AUGUCUGAGAAGACAAUGGCAAAACCGAAAUACUUCGGUAUGACCGGAACAUGGUUGACAGUAUGGGUUACUGUUGCCUGUGCCACAGACAUGACUCUCUUUGGUUACGAUCAGGGUGUUUUCGGUGGAGUGGUGGUCACGCAAGACUACAUCCAACAGCUGAACCUUGCCGACAACAACAGUCUUCUGUCAACCAUUACCGCCAUCUACGACAUAGGAUGUUUCUUUGGAGCCAUUGCGGCAGUCAUGAUCGGUGAUCCCCUUGGACGCAAGAACUCGGUCCUGCUGGGAACUACGAUCAUGUCCAUAGGAGCACUUCUACAAUGCACAGCUUUUGGUGUCCCUCAAAUGAUUGUCGGGCGCGUAGUUGCUGGCAUCGGCAACGGUAUCAACACGUCCACGGCACCGGUCUGGCAAGGAGAAACUUCAAAGGCGUCGUGGCGUGGUAAGCUGGUCAUCAUCGAGAUGAUCAUGAACAUCGCUGGAUUCAGUCUCAGCAACUGGGUGACGUACGGGUUCUCCUACCUCGACGGAGGUGCUGCUUGGCGUAUACCACUAGCCCUACAAUUCCUGUUUAUCUUCAUCCUCUACGGAACCGUCCCAUGGCUGCCUGAGUCUCCUCGCUGGCUCAUCAGCAAGGGUCGCGUGGAAGAGGCCAAUCACAUCCUUGCAGCGCUCGAGUCGACCACUCAUGACGAUCCACAAAUCAUUGCUGCAAGCAACGAGAUUCAGUAUGCUGUCGAUUACGAGCGUCAGAACUCGCCGUCUUGGAGCGAACUUCUCAGAGGCAAGACUGGCAAAGAAGGAGGUACUUGUACGAUGCGACGUCUUUUUCUUGGGAUGGGGGCCCAAGCGAUGCAACAGCUCGGUGGAAUCAAUGUCACUUCUUACUAUCUACCUACUGUUUUGAUCCAAUCUGUCGGCUUGACCGAGAAACUUGCCCGUCUGCUCGCAGCUUGCAACUCUGUCUCCUAUCUCCUGUUUUCUUUUAUCUCGAUUCCCAACAUUGAGAAGUGGGGUCGCCGCAAUAUGAUGCUCUACGCCUCGCUAGGCCAAGGGUGCUGCUACCUACUGAUCACGAUCCUCUUACGUUUCAACGAGAUGGAUGGCUAUGCUCACAAGAACGAAGUCGCCUCUGCCUCAAUUGCCUUCUUCUUCCUGUACUACGUCUUCUUCGGUAUCGGCUGGCAGGGUGUGCCAUGGCUCUACCCAACUGAAAUCAACUCUCUAUCAAUGCGUACCAAGGGUGCCGCUCUGGGUACUGCGACGAACUGGAUCAUGAAUUUCAUGGUUGUUGAGAUUACUCCCAUCGGCAUCAACAGCAUCCACUGGAAGUUCUACAUCAUCUGGACAGUUUUUAACUUCAGUUUCAUCCCGAUUGUAUACUGCCUCUAUCCAGAAACCAGUUCUCGAACGCUAGAAGACAUGGACCGCUUCUUCCGCGAGAACCACGAUCCUCUUGUGUUCCGCCACAAGGAAGCCAUCAGCACCGAGCGUCCUCUGGCAUACAUUGAGGCUGAGCGUGACGAGGUCAGGCGUACUUCUUCUGUCCAUGCCGGUAUGGCAAUGGGAGCAGCUGGCAACAAGAGCAAUGCUACAGAGUACAACGAGAAGAAGGAUGGCAGAGGCCCUAUGCUCAGCACAGACGGUAGCCAUGAGGAGUUUAAGGAGGAUGUCUAG